AGUUUCAAAUUCAAGAAAUGGCAUUUCUUAUUGGAGAACAAUCUACUGAGCUUCUACAAGCUCAAGCCCACGUUUGGAACCACAUAUUCAACUACGUGAACUCCAUGUCUCUCAAAUGUGCAACUCAACUAGGCAUACCAGAUAUCAUCCACAGACAUGGCAAACCAAUGACACUUGAAGAGCUAGUCGAUGUCCUCCACCUCAACAGUGCAAAAGCACAGGCUGUGUACCGUCUGAUGCGGAUUCUAACUCAUUUAGGGUUCUUCGUUGAGGAAAAAGUCUCUGAGGAUGAUUCAAAUAUGGGAUAUUGGCUUACACAAGCUUCUCGUCUCCUCCUCAAAGAUGAUGCCUUGAGUUCACUACCAUUUUUACAAGUCGCUCUCGAUCCGCUCUUGAUAAAGCCAUGGCAUCAUAUGAGUGAAUGGUUUGAAAAUAAUGAGGACUCCUCUGCUUUUGAGACGGCCUAUGGAAAGACAUUUUGGGGCUAUGGCAGUCAGGAGCCGAAGAUGAAUCUCCUGUUCAAAAAAGCAAUGGCUAGUGACACACAGUUGGUGAGUAACGUAGUUACUAGAGAUUGCAAACAAGUCUUCCAAAAGUUGAAGUCAAUUGUGGACGUUGGUGGUGGCACGGGAUCGUUGGCCAAAGCUAUUGUCGACUCUUUUCCGGACUUACAAUGUGUCGUGUUUGAUCUACCACAUGUUAUUGCGGGCUUAGAAGGGACAAAAAAUUUGACCUACGUUGGAGGAAACAUGUUUGAGACUAUUCCUCGUGCAGAUGCACUUUUGCUCAAGGUAUGGAGUUUGUUUAUACGUCCAACUAACAAAAUUGAAACUUUUACAUUAUUUUGCAACUGAUUUUAAUUAAUAUUG